AAAAUACUCAUUACAUUCAGUGGCGCUCUGACGUAUUUAUGCGAUACACGCAUGAACGAGAAGGUUGCCUGGAAAAUAAAAAUAAAUCCAGAGCGUGUUGUAUUAGUUGUUUUUAAGUGUCAAACGGUGUACUGGUAUUUAAAAUUAUAAUAUAAUUUGUGAAUGUUAAUUUAGGUAAAAUAAAAUGAGUGAUCCGGUAGUUGAAAUCGAACAAGGAAAAUUAAAGGGUAGUCUAGGAGCUGAUUACCACGGUGGAAAGUUUUACAAAUUUUUGGGAAUCCCCUAUGCGAAAGCUCCUAUUGGAGAACUAAGAUUUAAGGCACCACAACCCCCAGAUAGUUGGAGCGGAAUAAAAAAUGCGACAAAAGAGGGACCAGAAUGUCCAGCAAGUGACAUGUAUUUUACAUAUUUUAUCGGCAACGAAGAUAAUUGCCUAAAUUUAAAUGUUUAUACCAAAGAAUUGCCUAACAAAAAUGAAUCAAAAUGCCUUAAUAAACCUGUUAUGGUGUGGAUUCACGGAGGUGCUUUUAUAUGUGGGUCAAAUAAAACCGAAUUAUAUGGACCUGACUACCUGAUGACUCAAGAUAUUGUGUUAGUUACAAUCAAUUAUAGGCUAGGAAUUUUGGGAUUUGCAAGUUUUAAAGAUCAGAGUCUAGGGGUGCCAGGAAAUGCUGGCUUAAAAGACCAAAGAAUGGCCUUAAAAUGGGUCCAAAAUAAUAUCACACAUUUCGGAGGAGAUCCUAAUAAUGUAACUAUUUUUGGUGAAAGUGCUGGAGCGGCCUCCGUGCACUACUUAACUUUAAGUCCAACAACAGAAGGUUUGUUUCACAAAGCCAUAGUCCAAAGCGGCAGUGCACUUAAUAAUUGGGCAUGGGGUAAAAAUAAUUCAGGUGAAAUCGCUAAAUUCCUGGGAUAUAAGGAGACCGAUGAAAAGGCUAUAUUAGAUCGACUAAAGAAAGAAUCCGCAAAGAAUAUUAUUAACGCACAAAAGAAAAGUAAAGAGCUAUUCUCAGCUAGUCAAACACGUCCAUGGGGUCCAGUGGUCGAACCUGCAUCACCAGAUGCCAUUUUAACAGCACAUCCAACAGAAAUUAUGCAUUCUCAAGGAGGUCGCAAGAUUCCCUUAAUAAUAGGCUAUAAUUCUGGCGAGGGAAUAUUUUUUGAACUUGUUAGAAAAACUAUUCCAGGAUUAGAAUUGCCGAAGAACCUGGAGCAUGAGAUACCUUUUGAACUAGGAUUGGAAAAAGGUGGAGAAAAAUCCAAAGAAGUUGCUGAUAAGUUAAAGAAAGCUUAUUUUGAUGAUAAUCAUUGUAACGAGGAGGAUAUUGAAAAUGUUUAUAAGCUUAAGGGUGACACAAAUUUCAUCCAUUCUAUUCAAAGAACAAUUAAGCUACAAGCUAAGCAUUCCCACCAACCAGUCUACGCCUACAGAAUGUCUUUGGUUGGCCCUUUGAAUUAUUUCCAUACAUUCGCAAUGGCAAAAUAUUUUAAAACCGCCAUAUUUUACAGUUUUCUUAGUAAAUUAUCUACAAACUACUUACCAUUAGCCAAAAGCUCAGUACAAGGAUUACUUAAAAAUGUACCCAAAAAAGAUUUAAAUGGUGUGGUACACGCUGAUGACUUAUUAUAUUUAUUCCCAACAUUUUAUACUCCUUCUAUUAUAAAAGGCAGCCCAGAGGAUUUGUAUAUUCAAAGAUUUGUAAAGCUAUGGACCAAUUUUGCUAAGCAUGGAGAACCAACCCCCGAUUUAGAAGAAUCAUUAAGUCAUGUUAAGUGGAAGCCGGUUAAUCAUGAAAACUUGGAAUUUCUUGAUAUUGGACACGACCUAAAAAUGAUUGAGAAUAUCGAUGGUGAGAGAUUGAAGCUUUGGGAUGAAAUUUAUGAAGCACAUUUGAAAGUGUAAACAUCAGAUAAAAUAUACGUUUUGUUUUGUUUUUAAUACAUUUUUUAUAUACAAUAUGUUGUUGUGACAAUAACAAUAUAGAGUUUAAUACGAGAA